CUUCCACAUUAAUUAGGACGGAAUAAACAAAAAGUCCUCCGUAAACCCGAAAAGAGUCUGUUUGGAUGAAAUUCCAAUGAGAAAAGUUUCAAUUUUUUUUCACACAGUUCAUGCUUCUACUUAUCAUCAUUUCAUCAUUAAACAUUAAUGGCUUGCUUUCAGAGCCGGCGGAACCAAAACCGGGUGAUUAUCUCAAUAGUUCGACUACAGUCCCUGCUUUCCCGGUACAGACGGAAACUCAGACAUGCCGGCCGGACUUGUCGGCCGAACUGUUUGGCGGCGUAAAAGCAGCCUGCGGCCGCAAGCUGGACCGGAGCAGGUGUUGCCCCGUGCUGGCUGCGUGGCUCUUCGCUGCGCACGCCAGGUCGGCUCUACAGUUGACACACACCCCUCCGUCGACGAUUACCAGCGACAUGCCAAUGAUUCCUGACGACUCAGAGAAGUGCGUGGACUCGCUGCAGGACUCCCUGCAGAGCCGUAACAUCCAUAUUCCCCAGUCCAAUGCAUCUUGCGACGCCGUCUUGUGCUUCUGUGGCAUCCGGCUCCACCAGCUCACCUCCCUCGACUGUCCGGCGGCGUUUAAUAUUACUGGGAAUCACAUAAAUGCUACUCCCACUGCGGCUGUGAGGAAUUUGGAGCACAAUUGUCGGAAUUCAUCAAACGCCGGUUGUUCAAAAUGCCUUGGCUUUCUGCAAAAGUUGAAAGGCGAGGGCGAAAGUGGAAGAAAAGAAGUUGAGCGCAAAAAUGAUGACCGAGCAAGCAAGAUGCUGAGCCGAGACUGCCAGCUCAUGGGAUUGACUUGGCUACUAGCCCGGAAUAAGACGGCAUGUAUACCCACGGUCUCCGCUGUAUUACGGGCCAUCUUGUACAGCGUGAAUCCCUCAGAGGAGUCCAGGUGCAGUCUCGAUCAGGAAAAUAUGCCGUUGGCCGUAGAUUCCCUAUAGUUGGAGAAAUUCGAUUCCUCGUCCUCAUCAUCCUCAUCCUCAUUCUCAUCCUCGUCCUUGUGGCUUUCCCAAUUUCUUCCAUUUUUUAUUCUUAUUCUGCCCUUAAUAUUCUUGGUUAUCUUCAUUUAGAGGAAUAAUUUGUUUAAGAAUUUGGGAUUUGUUUGUUGUUGCAUGUCAUGUGGCUCCCCUGCUCUUUUGUGCCUGUGAUUUUUUUUUUUUUUUUAAAUGUAGGGGGUAUCACGUGAAGCUAAUCGACAAAUGGGGAAUAAGGUUAUUUUUGUCUUUCUAACAGUAAAUUUCACUUUUGAGACACGGUAAAUCCCACAGGACAAAUUUCUAGGGUAAAUUUUAUUGUGGAACUCCAACCUAUCGUAAGUGUUGUAUAUCAUGGUUCAAUUUUAUCUAACAAAAAAUGUUUAUUUCAA